CUCACUCACAAAGAAUUUCCCCUUUGAGCCACUAUGACAUUGGCUGGUUACUCACACCACGGAUUCCUCGGGAUUGGCUAGCACUACAAAUAAAAUUCUGUUUGCCUACAAUCAAGUUGAUAAGCCACAAUAUAAAUAUGGACAGGAUCCUGUUCCUGGAAUAUAGCAUGAAGCAUUCGCUUUCUUCUUGCCUCACGUGAGACUCAGAAACAACAUAUUGUCUCGCACCAAAAGAAAAAGUUCUUUAAAGAAAGCAAAAGCCCAAAAUGGGUCUGCUGAGUUCCAAAAACCCGAGGGCCAAGCAAGCCCAAAUUCUGCUCCUGGGACUUGAUUCGGCUGGGAAGUCGACUCUCCUUUACAAACUAAAGCUUGAUAAGGAUAUUGCCACCAUCCCAACGAUAGGCUUCAAUGUGGAGAUGCUCGAGUUUGAGAAGAGUCUCUCGCUCACAGUUUGGGACGUCGGAGGACAGGAAAAGAUGAGAACUGUCUGGAGCUACUACUGUGAGAACACUGACGGGCUGGUGUAUGUCGUGGACAGUUCUGACAAACAGCGCCUGGAGAAGUCCCGCAAAGAGUUUGAACACAUUUUGAAGAACGAACACAUUCAACACGUGCCGGUUGUCCUAUUAGCCAACAAACAAGACGUGCCCGGAGCUCUGAGCGCCGAGGACAUUACCAGAAUGUUUAAAGUGAAGAAGCUCUGCAGUGACCGGAACUGGUAUGUUCAACCCUGCUGUGCCGUCACCGGGGACGGGCUGGCGGAGGGAUUCAGGAAAUUAGCCGGAUUCGUGAAAAGCCACAUGAAAUCAGGAGGAGACACAUUAGCAUUCUUCAAGCAGAAAUGAGACUAUGAAAAGGUCCAAGCCUCCAAAGAGACUGAGGAAAUUGAAACGGUAAUUUUUUUUCCCAUGUCAAGUGGGACAAACAAGUUAUUGAAUUGGCCAACUUUUCCUGAGAUGUUAUUUCAUUUAAGUUCAGUUCAACUAAGAAUUAUAUAUAAAAAAUAUUUGUUUUUAGCCAGGAACCUUUGCUAACUGUGUGAUAAUGAUCCUGGAGAAUGAAAAAUUUAUAAUCUGCAAAAUUUGAACACGAUGGAUGAUUCAGAAUAGUCAUAUUUGCAAUGAAACUAAAUCUUGCUUUAUUGUGACUACUAGUAACAAAGCUUAAGGUAGCUGUCAACAAACAGAGACAUAAUUAUUUCCAGUUAUUUACAGCUGUUACAAGCAUUGAAAUGCCACCAUGCUUCUAUGUAAUAACCAAGUGGUGUGAAAAAUGAACUUUAAAUUAUGGAAAGAAACAAGUUUGAUGUUAAAAUUUUGUAAAUAUUUAUUACCUAAAUUAAGCUUUUCUUCUGGAUUCCUGAUAGCUGUUUGAAAUCUAUUACUGGGAACUUUGUCCAAUGUGUCUUGAACAACAAACUGUCAUAGAGAGCACAAAUGUCUAACUUAAAACUCUGGGGAGCAGGUUAGCAACUUAGGGUAAGAUCUAGUUCUAGGGCUCAGCAGCCCCAAGACCUGCUUCAGUGCAAUUCAAUGUAAUAGUCUUAUGUGGGCACCUCUGCACAGCUCAUUGUACUGACCAAACAGGAAGCAGACCCAGACUUUGCUCCCUGAGAACUUGCAGUUCACAGGAGGAAACAACGUAAAGCUAGGGCUAGAGUAGGACAGUAAGUGCUUCAGACUAUUGCAGGAGAGACUGUUUUGACCUGGAAGAACAGGGAAUGCUUCAGGCAGGAGAUGGCGUUUAAGGGGUCCCUAACUCCCAGGGUGUCUAAGAGGAACCCUAACUCCCUAACUCUCAGGGACCCCAUGAAGGUGCUGGUUAGUCACUGGAAGUUCCCAUUGCUAGGAAUCUCUCUAGAUGGCUGUGUGACAAGGAGAGGGGAAGUGGGCAGAGGAACUGGAGAGUGAACUGGAAUUCCCCUAAGAGGCUCAGGACCCCCAGAGGGGCACAAGAACUAACAGUGAACACUCUUCCCUGCUACCCCACCUCUAGCAAGGCUCAUUUGAGCUAGAAGCAAGCCUCAGACCUCAUAGCAGCCCCCACAACCCCAAAUGUUAAGGUCACACAGGAAAA